CGCGGCGACAGUGAAGCCGUUCCCCGUGUUUUAAUAACCGUGCGAUCGGCGGCUCACGCACACACGCCCGCGAAGCGUUCGCGGGGCUCCGCAUGCAGCACCGACUCUCAAGAUUUUUGCUCGGCACUACAAAACCAAGCACAUUCUGUUAAAUUAUUUAAACAGCAGGCAGCGAGCGAGGCUCGGGGUGUGUGGCAUGAGGUAAUCGCCGAAGCUUUGUUUAGCCCAUUUAAUGAUUUCAACGAACCAACAAGUGGAAAUGUGUUGAAAGUAGAAACGGGGAGCGUGCGCGUUUUUAGUCGUGAUUUUUAAUACGCUGACGCCCGACGACGGGACGAGUGAGAACGGAUAAUAAGAAUUAUAUGUGGGCAAAGCUGGUGUUUGACAGGCCUAUGGAUCCGUUUGGGUGACGUAGCAGUAAAAGUGAUUUCUGAUUAUGCUCGGUGGUUAUGGCAACAUUGACAAAGUCGAUCUGUUGCGUUCACAGUGGAUUAAAAUGAUCGACCAUGUGAGCAAGAUUCAAACACCUUUCUGCAUCUCGAUCGUCCUGUUCUGGUAGUAUCACCCUUAAGGGGUGAUCGAUCCGCUGCAACCUGUGCGCAUAGCAGGCAAUGAAGCGAUAUUCAGUCGAAGGAGGUGUUUUGGCUGAACAGUGACGUUUUAAGGCAGGUCUUGGUCAAACCUACCAAUGAUAGAAGUCGGUCCUAUUCUGCUGGGACCGAUCGCAAUGAACGGGUGUCGGAGCUCUGCACGGCAAAGGAGCAACCACAGCGAGACGAGGCGAUCAAGGGGAUGCGGCAUCGGUACGCGGGAGCUGUCCAUCAGCACCACAUCCCCGACGAACAGCACGGCAGCAGCGCGCAGAACCGAGACCCGGUCGCUCCCGUUUUCAGCCUCCCGCCCCCGCCCUCUUCUCACCACCGAGACCGCACUUCGACCGCCGCCGCUCACCGCCAGAGCCUCCAGGAGCUCCCCUGUCUGAGCCAGCCCUCCCGGAGACCCGUGCACAGCGGCGACCCUCUACCUCCGGCGAGCUACGACACCGCCCAGCGAGCGUCACACCGAGGCGGUGAACCCAGCACCGGGCAGCCGGCGCACCUUCAGCAGGAUCCCUGGGCCCCGGCCGACACCGGCUCGAAGCAGCAGCAGCAGCAGCAGCAGCAGCCGCCGCCGCCGCCGCAGUCGGAGAAGCAGCCUGUUUUUCCGAGCUGCCACUGCAGUUUUUCCAAGCAGGAGGCGAGCCUUCCUCAAAAUCAGCACCAUCCUGCCGAUUCUCUCCCACCGCAGCCCUCCCCAUUAUUUCCGCCGCCUAUACCACCUCCACCAACAUCGUCCUCCUCCUCUCUGCUGUUUUCCCGGGAAUCUAAAAGAGGGGAUCAUCUCCGAAGGAGCGCCAAUAAUUACCAACAGGCGAGCAUCGUGGAACGCUGCAGGGGAGGAGGAGGAGCAGGAGGGCACCGAGACCACAGGCAGUUGUUGCAGCAACAGCAACAGCAGCAGCAACAGCAACAGCACAGUCAUUUAAGACUCCAACAGAGGGACCCCUCCCCUGAAGGAUUCCGCGUAAACUCACUGAAAGGACGCUCUUUAAAUGUAUGUGAGUCAACUGAGGCUAACAGGAGAGCAAUCGAGUGUCAGGCUCAGGACCCGCAGCAGCAGCAGCAACAGAUUCCACAAUUGCGAGCGCAGCAGCAGCUACUGGUGGGGAGCAGCUUGCCUAUCAACUAUUGCGCCAGCGCCUCAGGAGAGCUAUGUAGGACUCACCAGGCUCCACUGCUGCAACAGCAAGAGCAGCAGCAGCAGCAGCAGCAGCAGCAGCUGCAGCAGAAGCGGCAGCAGCAGCAGCAGCAGCAGCAGCAGCAGCAGCAGCAAGGCGCACUGGGGCUCUGUCCCCAGCGUCCGCAGCACUGUGAACAAGACCGCAAUAAGUCUGGCAGAAUCACCGUGCGAGGAGAGCGGGCUCCGCACAGCCGCGUAGCCCCCCCGGUGUCACAGCAGGCGCACGCGGGGAACUCGUCUGCGACGGGCAGCCACAGCAGCAAACAGAGCCCCAACUACGGCUCGAGCUAUCACCUGUGGCCAGAGAGCCCGCAUAAAGGAGAGGAGAGGAUACGCAUCGACCUCCAUAAGGCCACAACCGAGCAGAAGAAGCUGAGCCAUGCUGGAUCCAAGCCCUCCCUCUCCGAGAGCAGCGGCCGACUCCCUCAGAUAGCCAUGAACACCUGCAAGUACAAUGGCGGAGUGGUGAGACCACUGGUGGGCAGCCUGGCGUCCUCGUCGCGCCGCAACCUCGCGGAGCUCGACUCGGAGACGCAGCCGCUGCAGACGCUGCACAGCUCCGGCCUGGAGGUGGUGGUGUCGAAGGGCAGCGGCGGGGAGGACCCGAGCAAGGCGUCCAACGAGAGCCUGGUGCGCGAGGGCAGCGGGCGCGGCGGGGGGCGCGCGCCGCAGAAGAAGAACAGGGACAUCGGCUACAAGCUCGGCCACCGGAGGGCGCUGUUCGAGAAGCGGAAGCGGCUCAGCGACUACGCGCUCAUCUUCGGGAUGUUUGGGAUUGUUGUCAUGGUGACGGAGACGGAACUCUCGUGGGGGGUUUACACUAAGGAAUCUUCAUACUCAUUUGCACUGAAAUGCCUUAUCAGCCUUUCCACUGUUAUAUUGCUUGGUCUUAUAAUAAUGUACCAUGCGCGGGAAAUCCAGCUGUUUAUGGUGGACAACGGUGCGGACGACUGGCGGAUAGCGAUGACGUACGAGCGCAUCUUCUUCAUCGUCCUGGAGCUGCUGGUGUGUGCCAUCCACCCCAUCCCGGGCCAGUACGUCUUCACCUGGACGGCGCGGCUGGCCUUCACCUACACGCCGUCGGUGGCCGACGCCGACGUGGACAUCAUCCUCUCCAUCCCCAUGUUCCUGCGGCUCUACCUGAUCGGCAGGGUCAUGCUGCUGCACAGCAAGCUGUUCACGGACGCCUCGUCCCGCAGCAUCGGCGCCCUCAACAAGAUCAACUUCAACACGCGCUUCGUCAUGAAGACCCUCAUGACCAUCUGCCCGGGGACCGUCCUGCUGGUGUUCAGUAUAUCCUCCUGGAUCAUUGCUGCAUGGACCGUGCGCGUCUGUGAGAGGUAUCAUGACAAACAGGAAGUGACCAGUAACUUCCUUGGAGCCAUGUGGCUCAUCUCGAUUACCUUCCUCUCCAUUGGCUACGGGGACAUGGUACCGCACACGUACUGUGGGAAGGGCGUGUGUCUGCUUACAGGGAUAAUGGGAGCUGGUUGCACUGCGCUGGUGGUUGCAGUCGUAGCCAGAAAGCUGGAGCUGACCAAGGCUGAGAAGCAUGUCCACAACUUCAUGAUGGACACACAACUCUGCAAACGAGUGAAGAACACAGCUGCCAAUGUACUCAGGGAAACAUGGCUCAUCUACAAACACACCAAGCUGGUCAAAAAGAUCGAUCACGCCAAGGUGCGGAAACACCAGCGCAAGUUUCUCCAAGCCAUCCAUCAUGAGAGGUGUAAUGGUUUCACUCGUUUCGUGAAUGUUGUGGGGUUAAAACUCUGUACUGUGUUCUGUCUUUGUUUUGCUCUAUCACUGCAGAGCUCAGAAACUGCGCAGUGUCAAGAUGGAGCAGAGGAAACUCCACGAUCAGGCCAACACCUUGGUGGACCUGGCGAAGACCCAGAAUGUGAUGUACGACCUGGUGUCAGAGCUGCAGGAGCGAAGCGAGGAGCUGGACAAGCGCAUCGGCACAUUGGAGGACAAGCUGGACUCGGUGACGGGCAGCCUGCAGGCGCUGCCCUGCCUCAUCUCCCAAGCCAUAACCCAGCAGCAGCAGGACUUCCUGGACGGCUUUGUUCACCGCUUUCGGCCCGCGUCGCUAGCCUCCGAGCGCUCCGAACGGUCCGAGCGAUCCUGGACUUCCACCGCCCGUAGGCGGCGCUCGCCCUCCACAGCACCACACACCUCCUCCGAUAGUGGAUAACCUUGACAAAGUGUCUGCCUUCACCGUUCAGGCCUCGCCCCUAAACCCCCACCCGUCCCCAUCACCACCAGCUCGUCAUCCCAUUCCGCCCCACGCACACCCACCAUCCCUGUAACAGCUGGAGAGUCCAUGUCUGGACUAACAAUGAACCCCCAUCUUGACCCCCUCGCCUGAUCAUUGCCCCCCAUCGCCUCCUCCGUCUCAUACCCUCUCUCCCCUUCACAUGAAAUCCAAAAACCAACUCCUCUGUGACUGAGACUCUCAGCACAGGACUGGAUCAGAGCUAUUCCAAAAGAACAAAGAAACGCAAAUCAAGAAAAACACAAAUGCAUCCAAAAGAAGAAAAAGAGAAAAAAAAAGAUAAAAAAGACUGAAAAACCGAGAUAAAGUAGAGAUAUGGUUUAUGUUUUAGCCAUUGUAUGGCUGUUCAAGUUAGCUUUUUUGUAAAAGCCCUUGUAUAGUUAAAAAAUGACUGAGUUCAGGGUCGCUGGGGUGAAAGCUGGCUAUCACACCGGAGAGUCCUUAACCACGAGGGGUGGAAGUUGGUCUGUGGAGCUGAGGGUCCAGGCUCGACCGCCGGCCUCCCGAGGCCGCGGGGGGUGGGGGGGGCGUCCGUCCACGCGUCCGUCCGUCCACGCGUCCGUCUGUCGAGGGAAGUGAGACGAACCGCCGGAUUUCCCUUUCGAAAAGACUUGCACCGUGGCGGCCUUCCCCGUAGGUCAGGGCGGGCGCUUUAGGCCGGGCUACGCGGCGCGCUGACUCCAGGUCAGCGCUCGAUAAUGCACUUAACGGGGAGGGGGAACGGCCACGCGGAGGAAAAGCAGGGGGGCGACGCACAUGGCAUUACUACUGGGUAGGAAAUAUGUACACAGUUGCCAACUUCAAGGUUUCAGCUUCCUUGUUCUUAUCAAGGGAAAAUGAGAGCGACUAUCUUUUUUAGUUACAUAUUGACAUGUGAUUUUUCAGUGCCUGAAUGUAUAAAUAGUAGAGGGUUAUUUAAUUACUAAUUUCAGAGCUUUUUUACGAUGUUAACAGUCUGAAUACAGCAUUGCAUUCCUUUUUCAGAUACAUUCCUCUCCAAAAAUCUAAAGAAAAUGUCUUAAUGUAAUGCAUAACAUUGCCUCCAUUACACAGCGACUCUAAAUGUUUCGAGGAAACCUUUCUUUUCCUUUUCUACUAACACCGUGACAAAUGAGAAAUGUUCGGGAGAGCGAGAGAGAAAGUGAGGCCGAAUGAGCGAGUACUUGUGAGCGCGCUUGUCGGGGAAUGAAUUCACUCUUAGCUCAGUGCUGCGCGCACGCACGCACACACACACACACACACACACACACACACACACACACACACACACACACACACACACACACACAGAGCAAUGAAAUAUGUAGUAGUCUACCUUUACCACCACCACUAAUUAGAGCUUCCCGUGGUCUUCAGAUAACAGCAUGGCUUGAGAUCUGCUGGUCCACACAGCCACACGGGCACACAUCACUGGUUGACAGCCCUGACCCUUCUGUGCACGGCUCCGUGCAAAACUGACAACGGAGCGUCUUCCUCAACCGCCUCGAUCGUUUCGCUUCUAUUUCUUUCUUGCAUUUCCUGUUUUUAGUUCUAUUUUUUCUAAUGAGGUGUUUGAUGAGCGUUGCAGCAAUGUGACUAACCCCAGAUACAAAUACAGAUACUGAAAAAACCUAAACACACCUGUCUUUCAGAAGGUUUAACGGAAUAGUUUAACAUUGAUUAUUAUUAAUUAUUAAUAAUUAUACACUAUUUUUUCAGUUGGUUUCGUUCUUUGUCCACAGCCACAAUUAUUGUUGCCCCUUCUUUUCUGCCGACACAUUGCUUUAUAUUUGCUGUACAUAUCACAGAGGUGAUUUCCUAUGAAAACAACAAUGUCAAUAUGCAAAUUUUCCAAAUGUCUAAGUAUUCCUGGAAAGUUAUGAUCAGGCCUUUGUUGUAUAAACUCAGUUGCUGAGCUAGAAAAGAAAUUAGAUGAAUGUUGAACUCAAAGGUACUCAAAGGAACUCAAAGAGGUUUAUUCCAGGUGUUUAGUGGCAGGUCAGCUGGUAAAAACCUAAAGUAGUUUGACUGGUAGAUGAGUCUGAAAAGGAUUGUAGUGCUAAAAUUCAUAUUCGUGGCCCUAAUGCAGCAUUAUUACCACUGGUUAUUUCCUGCUGAGCUGAACUCUCCAACUUACUGACUGGACAGAAAGCACUUAAUUUAGCCACAUAUUCUGUUUGCUGUGAGUGACACUUCAAGCAUGAAUGUUAGGUUCCUCCUUUCAACUUGAGUUGAUGAAGCAUGACUCUUUACUGGCCCCAUCUCCAGCCACUUCCCAUGCAGUGCUGCUCGCCGCCCUUUUAACGCGAAGGGACUUUUAUGCCUUUACAGUCUCGGUUUCAAUCAGUGUUAUCCAACAACGACCACUAGACGAUGAUCUGCUUGAUUAUGGCCUCACCUGCCUGUGUGUAUUAAAGGUUCCCGCCUCUUCAUUAAAAUUUAGCCCCAUGUUUGUCAUCUGUCAUCAUUAAGAAUGUCAGUCCCCGAACACAGAGAGGUUUUCCAAACGAAAGGAAAAAACAACUGAAGGGAGCCUCCAGGUCCUGUUCUCUGCUAAACUCAGUGUACAGUAUUGAGUUACACCAGGGAGGAUCACAGAUGCUGGGGCUCCUUUCCCAGAGAGGUACCAGCGCUAUUGUUAAGGACGUCAUCCUUCAUUAGGCUGCAGGAAAGAGGAUAUUGAAAAAGGGGAAAGAUGAGUCAUAGCUCAUUUGCUGACAACAUGUUCGUUUUGGGGGCGGACAGCAAGACAAGAUGUCCUACAAAUAUGACCUCAUUGUAGAUGUCGCCAAGUAAACGGGACAAACGUGAAACACAGGGUAAAGGUAACUUGGUGCCAUGUGUUCUGUAGCAGAAGGCAGAAAUUUGGCUUCCAGGGGAUCGUGUUCUCCUUCUCCUGCCAUCAACCAAGACCAACCAAGACUCCAUUCCAAUAAAAGAAAGCAGUGUUUUGUUUUCCAAGUGAGGGACGUUCAUGGUGUAUUUCUGAUGAUGACAGAUGAGCAUCCCAGAAUUUUAUUAUUCUGAAAACGUAGGCUUCCUCAUAGAGCAGGCAUCAGAACACACCUCUCCUGAACAAUAACAGAGUGACCCCCCCCAAAGUGAAGAAAAUGUAACCCAAUCAUUGUUCUGUGUACACUGCCACAUGAUGCAUAAUGUACGUAGUAGCACUGGAAUAAAUCAACUUUUAAUGGAUGGCAAA